AUUUCUUUGCCAUCUCAGAUUGAAUUCAGUUGGAAGGUGAAGUUGAAAUAGGACAUAAUAUUAACAUAAAUCUAUUUAAAGAGUAGGAGAGGUGCACAAUAUAGUACUGCAUUAAAGAUUAACCUUGCCUGAGCUCGAAGUAACUUAUUUAUAUAGAUAAAGAUGGAUGUUGAAAGCACUAUUGGCGAUGGCAGCAAGCAUCAAGAGCAGGAUCUGGAAGAGUGCCCCACUUUGCCUGUGAACCACCGGUUCUUAGAGCCUGAGAAGGCAGUUAAAUCAAUUACUGACAUGGCUCUAUGGGAGAAAUCUGAAGCUUACAUGGAAUACACAGGGUUCAUAGCCACCCUUAAUGAAGCCAUCAAGGGAAAACCUCUCUCUGUCGACUGUAAAGUCUCAUCAAACGUAAAAAAGAUUUUGUCUGUUUUACAUGAACUAGACAACUAUAUAAAUGAGUUCCCUCCUAUUGAACAACCACAGAGAUUUGGCAAUAUUGCUUUUAAGGACUGGAUCCACAAGGUUAAGUCUAAUACUACACAGCUGUUACAGGAUGCACUGCAUGAUAAUUUACAUCUAGCUAUACCUGAAAUAAAGCUAUAUCUGGAAGAGAGCUUUGGAAAUGCCACAAGGAUUGAUUAUGGAACUGGGCAUGAAAUGUCAUUUGUUAUGUUCCUCUGUUGCUUGUACAAAAUAGGUAACUUGCUUCCUGAUGACAAUGUUGCAACAGUGUUUCUAAUAUUUAAUAAAUAUCUCAGUAUUGUAAGAAGAUUACAGAAAAUAUACAGAAUGGAGCCAGCUGGCAGUCAUGGGGUCUGGAGCUUGGAUGACUACCAGUUUAUACCAUUCAUCUGGGGCAGUUCACAGCUCAUUGACCAGCCCAGAAUAUUCCCUCCUUCCAAAUUCUUAGAGGAUGAUAUUAUUGAAAAAUUCUCAGAUGAAUAUAUGUUUUUGUCUUGCAUUAAGUAUAUAAAGGAAGUGAAAAAAGGUCCGUUUGCUGAGCACUCAAACCAGUUGUGGAGCAUAAGUGCAGUUGGCUCCUGGACCAAGAUCAACCAAGGACUCAUCAAAAUGUACAAGAAGGAGGUUCUUUCUAAGUUUCCAGUAGUACAGCAUGUUCUGUUUGGCUCUCUGCUGCCAAUACGUAGAUUUCCAAUCACACAUUAGAUAUAAUAAAUAAUUUAUCAUAUUGGACGUCAGCAUAACUGUUAAUAAAGUAUGUAAUUAUGUCAUAAUUAGUAGGACAUAUUAUGUCUGUAUGGUGACAGCUUCUAAUUGUUCAACUAUUCAUACAUGAUGUUAAUCACUCUAAUUUAUGACAGAAAUUCAGUAUUACUAAAUGGUUGGACAAAGUGUUUUUUUUUUGUGUU